ACAGUUAAAUCACACACGAAAAAGGAAAAAAACAGAGAAACACACAAAUAAAAUGGAGAGAACAGAGGAAAGCGUCGGGAUCAGAGUUUACACGACGUCGACCCCGCCGAAGAAACCAUCACCAUCACCACCGUCUCGUUCACCAAAACCCGUCUCAAUCUCUUCACUCCCUACACUCCCGGCAGGAGCCACUGCCGGAGGAGGAAGAGGUCGUAAACGUCGCAUGGUGGCGCAAGGAGUUCAAAAGACGGUUUCGAAAACAUCAAUGCUCGUCAACUUCCUUCCGACAGGAACACUCUUGAUGUUCGAGAUGGUUCUCCCGUCGAUCUACCGUGAUGGAGACUGUAACGGUAUCAACACCCUCAUGAUCCAUCUCCUCUUGCUUCUUUGCGCUAUGUCUUGCUUCUUCUUCCACUUCACCGACAGUUUCAAAGCGUCCGAUGGGAAGAUCUACUACGGGUUCGUUACGCCACGUGGACUCGCUGUGUUCAUGAAACCGCCGCCUCCGGAGUUUGGAGGCGGGGAUGUGAUCGCGGAGGCGGAGAUUCCGGUGAGUGAUGAUAGGUAUAAGUUGAAGGUUAACGACUUUGUUCAUGCGGUGAUGAGUGUUUUGGUGUUUAUGGCGAUUGCGUUCUCGGACCGAAGAGUUACGGGAUGUUUGUUUCCGGGGAAAGAGAAAGAGAUGGAUCAAGUUAUGGAGAGUUUCCCAUUGAUGGUCGGAAUUGUUUGUAGUGCUUUGUUUCUUGUUUUCCCGACCACUCGAUAUGGUGUUGGUUGCAUGACCGCUUAAUUCAUUUUCACAUUUUGUUUCUUCUGUGUGUUUGGUGUGUAUUUAGUAAGUAUCUAUUCUGUAUUUUCCUUGUAACUUAGACUAUUUGUA